AUGGCUCCAAAACAGCCGAACGAUAAUCCAGUUACUCUAAAUCAGCCAUGCAAGUUUUGCAAAGUCCUCGAGUUCGAUGAUUCAUCCUUCGGUGGAGAGUCUAAGACCAGUGAUGAUGGAACUCCCUUUGUCGACUUUGGCAAGGUCAAGCAGACAAAAGAGGAUAGAGAAGCUCAAAUUGGGGCUAGGAUUCAGCGUGCAAGAAUGGCUUUGAGCUUUGCGAUGCAGAAUGCUGAUGCAGAUGCGCCAGAGAAACAGACGAGAGAUUAUUCUAUUCACGACACCAUCUAUGCCGAUAGAGCAGAUCAUUGCUCUUCAUGGUUCGACAUGGGCCGCCGCCCAAUCAUGAAUGAUCAACUCUCCAAGGCCUCCUUGUCCAGAGUGAAGGAGCUCGUCGUACUGUCCGAAAAGGAGCAGCCUUACAAACUAGUGUGUCGAGCGCUGGGUAUCAGAUACCUCUGGGUCGAUGCGCUAUGCAUCAUCCAAGGAGACGCAGGGGAUUGGUCACAGGAGUCAUUCCAGAUGUCUAAGAUCUACGAGAACAGCUAUCUCACUCUCUGCAUCGUUCAAGGCGAUUCUUGCUCCAGCGGCUUCCUGAAGAAGGACUACACUCCACCUAACCUCAAGAUCAACUAUGAAUCCAAGCUUAACAGCGCUAUUUCGGGACAUCUCACUCUUCGAAUGCUUCUCCCUCCUUCAGAGACAGUUCGAAGAUGCACACCCGAAGACUGCAAGUAUGGCAGAGCCGACGGCAGUCCUGGAGAUACGGACCUUCAAAAUGCAGCGUGUUGA